GGCAGCAGCGCAGCAUCCCGCAUCACACUGAAGGAUGCUGGCAACCAUGUCUGAAAACACACACACACAUUCACAUAUGGCCGACGAGGUGAAAACAGCGAUGUAGCUUUGAAGAUGCCAUCCUUUUUCGUGUCCCGUUUUCUCUUCUUUAUAUUUUUGUCCGGUUUUAAAGGGACCGCUGGUAAAUCGAUCCCUGAAAGGGAAGCUCUCGAGGUGCAGGUGAGGGUCCAGGUGUUUGACAGUGGUGAUCUUUCACCCCUGGCCAAUGCUGCUAUUGCUGUUCGUGGUAACCAGACUCUGCUGGCACAAAGCAAAGCAGGCAGUGAUGGCGUGCAGGUCGUCAGCUUCCUGUACCGCACGGGAACAUGGGUAAUCAUUACAGCAUCUCAGAGAGAUUACCUCACCAGCUCAGUGCCAUGGCACGCCAGCCGUUUACCCUUAUAUGCCUCUGUCAGUCUUUACCUGAUGGCCCAGAAGCCCGGCACACUGAUCCUAUAUGAUGAUGUCAUCCAGGUGUUUCAUGGCUCCCAAAGUGGGCGGAGCCAGCCGUGGCUGCAGGUUCCAAGGCGGAGCCUACAGUUUAACUCCUCCUACACAGAACUGACUGCAGUUUUAACAACAGCCAGAGAGCAGAAUGAAAUUAACUCAUUCCCUUACCCACUCGCUCUGGAACCAAACAACACAGGAGGAGAGAAUGGCUGGACGGACCUGACAACAAUAGCAGCAGUCAGUGCACAACUGUUUGACCGCGAGGGUCGAGCGGUUGAGGUCAGCGAGCCAGUUCACAUCUCUGUGCCUCUGCCUUCGGAUACUCACAUACGAUCGGCCACCAGCAUACCCGUAUGGAUGUACGACACCAAGACAGGACUAUGGGUACGAAACGGAACAGGAUUUAUCACUCGAGAGGGAUCGCAGCUUACAUGGGACUUCACUGCCUUCCAGCUUGGCUACUGGAUUGCAGCUUUCCGUUCUUCAGCAGGCUCAGGUUUGUCUCACCCGGGCCUGAGGGACAUCACAGCCUACCACACCUUCUUCCUGCUGUCCAUCUUGGGAUCUCUUGCUCUCUUGGUACUAGUCUUGCUCUGUGUCCUACUCUAUUAUUGCAGACGAAGAUGUCUGAAGCCCAGACGGCAGCAGAAACAGAUUCAAGCUCCAUCUGCUUUGAAUGGAUCCAAGCGGGACCAAGGCACCUCCAUGUCCCAUUUGAACCUCAUCUGUGGUGGCCAUGUUGAAUCCGCUGCCUCCAGUGGCAACUUGGAUGCCAACAAAUCAGAGGGAUCCCCAUCCCAUGCCUUCAAGAGUGCUCGGGAUGAGUUUACCAGGCACAUUCCUGCCCACAAGCUUCGGCACUCCUCUAAGACCAAGCAGUCUAAAGGAGCCCAAAAGAAUGCAGAGAGUUUCCCCAUGAAGGUACAUCGAUCCACGGAUACCAGCAAUCUGGAUAGCAAUCUUCUACAUGAUGAAUAUGGACGCAACUAUAGCACUGAUGACAAGGAUCAUGACUAUCGCCGGAGGCACAUUGUCAAUGAUAACCGGGGCUACACAUCCGACCCACCUUCUCCACCAAUUGUCGACAAGCCACCAGAGUAUUCGCAGGUUUUGCAAGGGCCGGAUCGCCCAUCGUCGCUAAACACACAACCAGGUCAGAUUAUAUUCUGCAGCUCACUGGAUCAGAUGAAGGAGAACAUGUAUCGUUCUAUGGUACCCACUCUUGUGAUCCCGGCCCACUACAUGAGGCUUUCGUCCGAGUUUGGUGCCACAGAUCAGGGUAAAGACGGGUCGAACCAGGCCGACCGAGAUGGACAGAGUUUGCAAGGAACAAGCAGUGGGAUUCAAGGUCAAAACCAUCAAGGCCAGACCCCUGGUUCAGGCCAUUCAGAAGCCCAACAAGGUGAAUCUCCAGCAGGCUCAGAUGAGAGUAUGUGGCCCCCUGGUGGACCACCAGCGCCGGUUCACAUCCCUGUUUUGUUCAAUGACUCCACCAUCUCCCAGAUGAACGGCGAGCUGCAAGCACUUACGGAAAAGAAGCUUCUGGAGCUGGGGGUGAAGCAACACCCUCGUGCUUGGUUUAUAUCACUCGACGGACGUGCCAACGCUCAUGUGCGCCACUCCUACAUAGAUGUAGGUGCCGAUCUAAGCCACAGUGGAACACAUAGAGGCAACCACAGCGCCCAAAGCACGUUGAGUGCCCCUGCCGGGAGUAGUAAAGACCGAAACGUAGAUACAAGUCUCCAAGACACACAACAUGAGCGCAAGUCCGCAUCCAGUCGGAAGAACAAAGAGGAACACCACGGAAGUGGGCGCAAGGGCCAUGGAGGAAGCAGCUCCAGCAGUACACGUGGUGGGAAGCACUACAAACCAACCUACCAUGACCCUCUGGACCUAAGUGGAGGAGUGAGCCGCAUGGGGGCCAGUUCACCACUGGAAAACCCUUUGACCCCUCUUUUGGAUGACGGUCCUGAAGAACCCAGAGGGUCUUCAAUGCCGAGAAGGGGUCGAAGCCGGGGGAACAGCUCACGUAGUAGCAACAGCGAAACACAACUUGACUCCGUCACCAGCCCAGAAGAUGACAAUGACCUUGAUGACAAGGAUGGGAACAAGAAGAGUCCCUGGCAGCGCAUUGAAGAGCGCCCCCUCAUGGUGUUUAAUGCCAAGAAGUAGAGCGAGAAAUCAAUCCAAGCAGCUGCCUUGAAUAAUUGGACAACUAGAGAUGUGUUCAAAUUGAUAAUGACUGUUUUGACACCCAAUGAUAUUUUCACGGGCCGACUAUUUGUUAUAUUGUUAUAAUUUGAUAGACGUUUCCAAAAUGAUUGUCAUGCUAUUGGAUUAUUUUGUCUUUCUAUGACAACAUAUUUUCACUGAUCAAUUUGAAUGCAUCUCGGGUCAAAGAACUCAAAUUUGGUGGCAUCAUACCAUCUUAGUGUUUUGCACACCAAGAAUCACAUUAAAUUCAAGAACUAGUUGUAGUGAAAAGAACGCCAUUGCAGAUGUAGGAAUACAAGAUACCAAACAACAGGGCGAGUGCAUUAAUAUAAAGCACAACUCAACAACACAAUAUGCUGGUCUACAAGAGGAAGACUUUAUCUUAUAGUCUUUCUAUAUCCAAGCCAUUCAAACUCUUACAAACAACUGCAUCCAAAAGUACCCGAGUACCUUUUCACUCUCAAUGGCUUUGUGAUAGACUUUUUCACUGGAUGGAUUUCGCUAAAGCUUGAGUCAUCAAUAUGUUGGAUCAAGGACUUGAUGUUUUCAGAAACUUUACAUUAAACUUUUAGAGACCCAUUUUCUUAUGUUCUGAUGCAGUAUACUGUAUUCCUUGGUGGUAUUUCUUCCUAACUUGCUCGUUCUUCUACCUUCAAUAUUCAUUAUUUUGAUGUCAUUUCCUCAAUCUUUCAUACUAACUUUAUAUGUUAUGUGCAUUGCUAAUCUGAAAUUUACAGUUCAGAUUUCAAACAUUCCAGAUUUUUUACCGUUAGUCCUUAAGUAGAUGAAUUAAAAUUAAAUUAACAAGGCUUAAUGUUCACAUUUAUGUGUGAUGUGAUGUUAUUGCAAUUUUUAAGUCAUUACACAAAGCAUUUUCGAUUUAUUGUAUUAUAUGUUAUGCCAUAGCACAUGUUGCAUUAAAGUGCAGAUUUGUAUAAGAAAAGCUGAUUCCAAAUUAAGUUACUCUUCAGCGGGACCCCAAUUUCACUUACAAUGAAAAAGCAUCGACUGUAAUACAGUAGAUAUGAAUGUAUGUUAGCAUUUUCAGUCCGCUUUUCAUUUGUUUAAAGAGAGCCAUUAGCAUUUUGUGUAUAUGUAUGAUAGCCUAUAUGUGCAUGAGAUAACUAGUAUAGGACAACAGAUUUUUUAUGCCUAUAAAUUAAAAUAGACACUAUCAAAGCAUGAAGAUGAAUAUUAGAUGCAUCUGAUACUGAUGCCUGAUGGGAAGAAAUUUGCCAAAAUUUCAAAUUAAAUAUUAUAUACGAGUUUACAGGCCAGUGUUUGGCCAAUGUAUUUCCAUCCAAACUUUUCCAACGCUGUUAAUAUUCACAUUGUCUGCAUUGCAUUGACUGUGACAAAAGUCUGACUUGGAUCAUUUUAAUAAGCCAUUCAAAUAUUAAAAUCUAAUAAUUUGUAACACUUCUUAAUUGUACUUUUCUAAAUUUUUAAACUAUUUAUUAUUAUUUUUCUCAUGUUUACUAUUAUUAAAACAAGCACAAGACAUGUCAUUUUUAAAGCAACAUUUUAUGAAUAAUUAAGACAAAUUUACAGGGUAGUGUAAGGAGCAUGAAGGCUGAGACUUUGAACUAUUUGACGACUAUCAAGCAUAAUACAAAGAGACUUUUACUAAAAUAGCUCUGCUCAUGCUGAUCUGGUGCCAAUCACAUGUAGAGCAGUGAUUUACGCUGUCUCUUGUAAUGAUCGUCAACUAACUAUAAAUGAUAGCAUGGUUGCAACAUGUCUCAUGUGUCAUUUGUUUUGCAACCUUUCAUAACUUCCUUAUAAUAACUGAAACGGAUAUAACGGGAGCUGAGAUUAAGUACUGGAUUGUGUUUUGUCAAACUUACUAGAAGUGAAAUCGAGCCAUUCUGUUCCUCUGUCUGUUUAUUUUGUUCACAGCCUGUGGAUAAUUUACACAGGAAAUAUCAAUAUGCCUUUGUCGAUGUACAUUUAUCACGUGAUGUGGUGCUCUGAAACACAUUUCCCUCUGUACUGUGUAAUUAUUUCUCUCUUUGAUGGAGUAUGAACAUGACUCUGAUGAUAUGAUGAUGUUUCCAUUGUGCACAACAGCUUUGCUUAAUUGUUGAAAAUCAUGGCAGAUGGAACUUUUGCAAUUUUAUAAUUUGUUCAUAAUAUCCUAGAAAAAGAAAAAAAAAAUCACUUGUGAAAUGGACUGUUUCACUUUUGACGUGCCCAAAAGUCAUGUGCUGUACAAUAAAGAAAUUCCAUUUUCUUGU